GGGCGGUGCGUGCGGGCCGGCGGGGAGAGGAGGCGGGACACGUCGGCGCUGCCACCGCCGCCGCCCCUCCUGCUGUUCCAGCUGCCGCCGCCGCCGCUUCCUGGGCUGAGUCCGCCCGCGGUCCCAGCGGCGCCAGGUGCGUUCACCCUGCCCGGCUUCUGCCAGCGUCCGCAGCCGCCGUAGCUGCCCCAGGCACCCCGCCCCGCUUUUGAGAUGGCGACUUCGCUCCUGCCGGGAGAAGGCUCAGAAGCUGAACGAGCAGCACCAGCUCAUCCUGUCCAAACUGCUGAGGGAGGAGGACAACAGUACUGCGCCGACUGCGAGGCCAAAGGUCCCCGAUGGGCUUCCUGGAAUAUUGGUGUGUUUAUUUGCAUAAGAUGUGCUGGAAUUCAUAGAAAUCUUGGGGUUCAUAUAUCCAGGGUCAAGUCUGUCAACCUAGACCAAUGGACACCAGAACAGAUACAGUGCAUGCAAGAUAUGGGAAAUACUAAAGCAAGACUACUCUAUGAAGCCAAUCUUCCAGAGAAUUUUCGAAGACCACAGACAGAUCAAGCCGUAGAAUUUUUCAUCAGAGAUAAAUAUGAAAAGAAGAAAUACUAUGAUAAAAACGCUAUAGCUAUUACAAAUAUUUCCUCCUCUGAUGCUCCUCUUCAGCCUUUGGUAUCUUCUCCUUCUCUGCAAGUUGCUGUUGAGAAAAACAAAUUGGAGAAAGAAAAAGAAAAAAAGAAGGAAGAGAAAAAAAGAGAGAAGGAGCCAGAAAAGUCUACAAAACCACUUACAACUGAAAAGCUGCAGAAGAAAGAAGAUCAACAAUUGGAGCCUAAAAAAAGUACCAGCCCUAAAAAAGCUACAGAACCCACUGUUGAUCUUUUAGGACUAGAUGGCCCUGCUGAGGCACCAGUGACCAAUGGGAACACAACCACAGUGCCAGCCCUGAAUGAUGACUUGGACAUCUUUGGACCGAUGAUUUCCAAUCCUUUACCUGCAACUGUCAUGCCCCCUGCUCAGGGGACAUCCUCUGUACCAGCAGCUACCACCCUGUCUGCAGUAACAUCUGGGGAUCUGGAUCUGUUCACUGAGCCAACUACAAAAUCAGAAGAAGUAGCAAAGAAACAACUCUCCAAAGACUCCAUUUUAUCUCUGUAUGGUACAGGAACCAUUCAGCAGCAAAGCACUCCUGGUGUGUUUAUGGGACCCACAAAUAUACCAUUUACCUCACAAGCACCAACUGCAUUUCAAGGUUUCCCAUCAAUGGGUGUACCUGUGCCUGCAGCGCCCAGCCUUCUAGGAAAUGUGAUGGGACAGAGUACAAGCAUGAUGGUGGGCAUGCCCAUGCCCAAUGGGUUUAUGGGAAAUGCACAAACUGGUGUGAUGCCACUUCCUCAAAAUGUUGUUGGCCCCCAAGGAGGAAUGGUGGGACAGAUGGGUGCACCCCAGAGUAAGUUUGGCCUGCCACAAGCUCAACAGCCUCAGUGGAACCUCUCACAGAUGAAUCAGCAAAUGGCUGGCAUGAGUAUCAACAGUGCAAACCCUGCAGCGGGUUUUGGCCAGCCCCCCAACACAACAGCAGGAUGGUCUGGAAGCUCAUCGGGUCAGACUCUGAGCACACAACUGUGGAAAUGAAAACUGCAAUACAAGUUUCAUCCAGAAUUAACACCUGACAUUCCUUGCUAAAAUGCAUCUAGUUCCCCUGUUUAUUCAUGUACAUAUAUAUUUUUUUUCUUUUUCCCCCAUUUGUUCAUAUUAGGAAUUACCUGAUUGACCGUGUUGGUCCGUACUGAUUAAAUUUGAUGUGGUGAAAAGCAGGUUGAGGAACCAUUUUAUGUCAGGGGCAGCUUUGCUCAUGUUUCCCAUGAUCUCAUGAACUACAUUAUUUGAGAAGCUGCUCGGUCAACUUGCAUAAUCAGUUUUACUCAAUAAAAUUAUAGCUCUAAUGUUUGCAUAUAAGGGAAGUAGUUAUCAUGUUAGUAAUACCUCUAACAGUAUAAACCCCAUCCCCAAAUUAGCCAGUAAUCCUGUAGGAAGGUACUGUAUGAUCAAAUGUUUAAUCAUAUAAAUAGAAUGUAAAUGUAUCACUGAGCACUGUUUUCUAGUGUAUCAAAAUUCUUUUAUUUCAUCAUUCACUUCACUGUGCUGUUGUUACGAUGUGCUUAACAGGGGUGGUUAGUGAAAGGAAGAUAAACCUGGAUGUUACUGAAAAACUCAAUUUAAUGAAUGUUUAAAGAAUUCAAAUUUUAUCUGCCUCGUGUAAUUUGGAUCUCUCUUAUGUACAUAGUGCUAACAUGAAGACCUUUUUCUGCACUAUAUGCAAACAGGGUAACUAAAAGCCACUUUUAAUCCUCGAAGGUAUAUCCAGGUUUAUGACAGUAAUUGUGUUUACAUUUUAUGGUGCCUAGUAUUGACAAAAUGUUAUUUCCCUAUAUAUUAAACAGAUAAAUCCAUA